AUGACUCGACGCAUAGAACACCUUUUGACCCGUAAAUCUCCAACUGUCCCGUCCUCUGCCUCGACACCCGUUGCAUCCUCCUCAUCGGUGUCAUCGACCGUCUCGAGCAGCGGGAGUCCGUGCUUUUCAUUCGAGGUGUGCCCUGAGGAUCCCGCGUCUUUAGACAACGAUAUUAACAGCAAGCUUGGGCUCAAACUUAGCAGUGAGAUGCACCAUCCAGUCAAUAAAUCGACAGCGAACGUGCGUGCAAGUCUUGUGGUUGGAAAUGACUACUCGUAUGACAAACAGGCAACGUCUUCUAUUGCCAGUAGUAGCAGGUUCCCAACAACAAGCGCGAUAGAAGCUAAGAUCAAGACGUUGCAAUCCUAUUUUAAAUCUGUCUCAGCUGGCAUUCGCCGCCGUAGCAUAACCUUAGACCGCUUACGUCUUACCCAGGCGUACUGUCGCAGAUCCGUGCCGACUCCGGCAGCUAUGCGAACUAAGCUUAAUGUCAUCAUAUCAAGGCAUAGCACCAGUGAGCACCAGACUACACUCUCCUGGGACGACAUCGACGAGGGAAACAGUCUGAAUUUUGUGGACUCAAACGAGGUGAUUACGCCGUCCCCGGGUAGAAAACGUGGGCGUCCGAGUGACAUUUUAUGUGACGUCAAACUGCGCCAGAUUUGUGCGCGGUGCGAUGUUCCAGAACGAUAUACUGUGGAGGUGGUUCAAAUUAUCCAGUCAUUCUUUGGCACACCAGAAUUCGACGUGAUUGCUUUAGAAAAAUUUAUGCCGGGUAACGUGGUGCUUUUUGUAGGCACAUUAAUUUUUGAGAGUAUUGAUGGUGUCAAGGAUUUGCUUGAUCUCAGUGUCGUGCCAGAAUUUUUAAGGCAUAUACAGGGACGCUACGACAGCAGUAUGCCGUUUCACAAUGCAACCCAUGCUGCAGACGUAAUGCACACGCUGUUCAUGCUGCUCAACAGCACAAAUCUUGGUGAAAAGAUUUCUCAACACAAUCAGAUUGGCGCCCUCUUAGCAGCAGUGAUGCAUGAUGUGGAACACGUUGGUCUGACCAAUGAUUAUCUCAUCAAGACAAACCAUCCUAUAGCUCAGAAGUACUCAUCGAAGGCUCCAAUGGAGUCAAAACACAUGGAUUUGGCUUUGCAGGCGGCCUUGGACCCCAGGUUUCACAUCCUGUCCAAGAUGUCCCAAGCUAACCAGAAACAGGUACUUGAGGUUAUCCGCGACUCGAUUUUGGCUACUGCCUUAAUAUAUCAACCUGAGUUGCUCACGGAAAUUCACGACACGACAGUAGAAGAGUGGAAGACACUAGAAAAGGAGGAUGGAGUUUUGCCACAGAGGCUUCAGGUGCGCGCGCUUCGAAUUGCCAUGCACGUGAGUGACAUUAGCCAAACGAUGAAGCCGUUUGAGAAUCAUCAAAAGUGGGUUUUUCGCUUGAACGAUGAGCACUACAAUCAGGGGGAAUUGGACACCCGUGAGCAACGCGGAGUUAGCCAAUCGUUUUGCUUCCGUGAAAAGUGGUCAUACGAUAGCUUUCUGUGCAGCCAAGUUUGUUUUCUUCGAAAGAUGGCGCUUCCAGCUGUGAUGGCGUUUAACAAUAUUCCAUGGUUAGACGUGAAUGAGCUCGUGAAUGGUAUUAAAAGAAACAUUGCCGAGUGGGAGCAGCAGACAACCUCUUAUUAG